AUGCUCCAAACUAUCGACCUACAAAUCGCACUGUGCACGUCUCAACAAAAUCCCACUUUGCAUACUCAAAGAUCUGACCUUCAGAAUAGCAGUGGUCAGGCGUUACCGCAUCCCCUUGCCUCAUCCGCAUCGUUGAUCGUCUGUGUAGCCUUAAGGUUUCCCUACUGUCGUCUGAAGACGGUGACAAUAUCGGGUCGGGUGGUGACGCUGAAUCUGUUGGAAGACGACGCUUCCGUGAAGAUGCGCAAUUACGAGUUGUCCAGCAAGCGCUCCGCCGACUGCCUCUAUCGUUCCAUCACCGAACUGCACUGCUUCUUCCGUUGCGACAACAUUCGUGACGAUGUGCUCAAUCGCACCAAUCCCAGCAUCAACUUCUCCACCAUCUUCGACCACAACAACACCCGUGAAUACACCUUCGACGUGCGCUACACCAGUCGUGAGGUGCACGACCGCGCAAGACGCAAUCUCUACCACGCAGCCAACGAGGCAUCAGGCUCCUUCGGCAACUCAAUGACAACUGCGGCUACAACGGUGUUUGGGUCGGCAGAGCUGGGGGGGUCGGCGGGAGUAACCAGCCCACUAUCAAUAGGCUCGAUGCAUCAGUUCGAAGACUCCACUCACGUUACCGCCACCUCGCCGACCUCUCUCAAUCGCAUUACGUUGCACACCUCGCACAGUGACUCCAUGGCCAGUAUGGAGGAGGUGAGUGGCCGCAGUGAAUUAGGCAGCAAUGUGGCGAAAAGUGGGGCAACUGUGGCUUGA